CAGAGUCGGAUCCUUCCGCUUGCCUUGCAUCGUAGCACCAGCAGAUCCCUCCGCCUGUAGAGCAUCCUGCAGUGGGAGAGUGGCUUGUAGCCCCCCGGGUUAUAGAACCAUGGGAGCCUGGGGUCUCAGCCUGGGGGUCCUGCAUUGCCUGGGGGUCUACAUGCAGCUGAGCGCCGGGGAUAAACACAACGCAGCUGAUGCUUUAUUCACAGAAACCCCCCAUGAUGUUAGCGCUCACGCAGGAGAAGACGUGGAGAUGGCCUGUUCCUUCCGGGGCAGCGGAGACAUCCCCUACUCUCUGGAGAUACAGUGGUGGUAUAUUCGCACCCACCGGGACUGGGCAAAUAAGGAGACAUGGGCAGAUAGCCAGCUGAAAAGUCUUUCUGGAACCCCAGAGAAAGGAGCCACCAAGAUAAGUGUGGUGAAGGUUUUCGGCAGCAAUAUUUCGCACAGGCUGCGCCUGUCCAAUGUGAAGAUUGCUGAUGAGGGGACGUACGAGUGCCGCGUGCUGGAUUACAGUGACGGGAAAGGGCGGCAGCAUCGGGUGAAGGCAUUCCUGCGUGUGGAGGCAGAGCUGGGCCGCCGCAACGGAGGGUCUCACCGCAUGCAGGAUACCAGCCCCCACCGCCACUUCCCAGGCAAGGAGCUGAAGAAGCGAUCAGUGGUGCCCUGUGACCAAUGCCAGCCGUAGACUGCCACUGGAUUUCUCCAGCCCCACACCCCCCAAUGUACAGGAGUGCAUGAAAGGGAUCCACUUUUCCCCAUCUCAACGUCCCAGGUUAAAACCUUUCCACCUCCCAGCAGGGUGGUGAAUGGAACUCUGUGACUUUAAAAGACUCAUGUGUGAGUUUACCCUUUUGUUGUUGAGGAGCAUUAAAGAUGCCCUGACAGACUGGUAUUGAUACAGACAAAUGAAGGGGGCUCAAAGUGCCCAUUUUCUGUCACUCAUACUUGGAACCAACUACACAUCUUCUUCCAAUCCACUGGUCACACUGUAGCACCUGCAGUUACUAAUUUCAAAGACUGUGCACCUUCACACUAAUUCCCCCCCAUUACUCUUGCAAACAAUCUGUAUUCUGCUCAUGUAUUCUUCGUAACGCAAGGAAUUAUGGGAAGUGUAGUCACUUACAUAGCUCUGUACAGGACUGCAGCUCUCAUAAUGCCUGUGGGGAAAACAUUUAUACAUAAAAAACAUAUUUGACCACCAGAAUUUGGCUGUGGCCACAUUGACAUCCUCAAAAUUAAACAAAAUUCUUUGAGAUGCUUUGGUCUAGACCAGGAAAGUAAACAAGACGUAAGAGGUUUAUUAAUUUCCCUUAAAUAUUGGCUUCCCCAUCACAAGUUUGAAGUGUCAUCCUCCAUUUUUAGAGGGCCGGAGCCUCACUAGAUUUUUACCUGUGGUGACAUGACAUCCCUACUCACCAGUUAAUAUAUAUUAAUUUAAAAAGUGGAAUUAAUAUGGUUCUAUGGCAUAGGGCUUGAUAUUCCAGCUAUAAUGACAAUGCAGUGAGUCUAAAUUACGUCCCCAAGUAUCAAGCAAUGGUCCAGGAGUUCAGUAUUAACCAAAUUUUAUUCCGAUGGGUAAAAAAAAAAAAAAAAAAAACAACCAGAGGAAACAGGCCAUAGCUGGCUCAUAAAGACCACUGCACUAAUAUGUCUGGCAUACUUUUCCCAUAAUCCUAUUGGUAGGCACAGAAUAUUAUAAAUUGAAAUUCAGCAGCUGAAUGGCUGUGGGUUAACGGUUAAAGGAGGAGAUUUUGCAGGGUUUGUGCAAUAAACAUUGAAUGUAGCAAUUUACAAUUUUGGCUUAAAAAGCAGGUGUGAAGAAUGGCACUAUGUAAAUGAGCCAGUCUACCUUAUCUUUUUUUUUUUUUUUUUUUCUUUUAACCCAAACAAAAAAAUUACAAUGAAUAAACGAUUCCCUGGAGUUUAAUGAUAAUAUUGUUGUGGAAAGCAAACGUAUUGUUUCUCCACAUUUUCAUCCAGCCCUUUUCUGUCACAGUAGCACUCUACCAGACACUCGCUGGGUAACUUAAUAGUUGGAGAGGUGAUCUCACAAUGUAUCGGACACUCACAGCGUUAAAGAUACACAUUCCCUGUUUGUUCUGGUGAACUUUUAUUAAUACUAACUUCUUGUACAGCCAGGCUGGUGAGCAAAAUGUCUGCUUCUUAAAAGCACAACAUCCACCUAAACAGUAUGUGCAAAAAUGUGUAAAAAACAAAACUAAAAAAAAAACAUAACAAAAUAAACUAUAAGUUGAUAGUAGAACUGCAAACAAAUGUAUGGAUCGAGAGGAGAACGAACAUUCUUGUAUGCAAAUACGCUUCUACAGUAGUGAAUGGUUAAUUUACAUUCUAUUCUAUGUCAUGCCACAGGGAUAUAGAAAACUCAAUUAUUUUUUUUAUCCAUCUUUCCUCAUGAUCUCUAAAAUUUGUUUGUGAUUCUAGUAGCUGAAUGUAUAGAUUAUAUUCUGUUCUUCAUAGCUGUCCCAAACUGGCUUUUGGUAACAAAUUCCAUGUAAAAGGGGGGUUACAUGUUUGACUGUGUAUAGUAUAUAGUAAUAUUUGCUACACUUGCUAAUUGCGAUGUAUAUGCUGCUGCUAAUUACAGCUAUGGCUGAGUUGGGUGACAUGGACUAUGUGGUGAUAUCCGUUUGCUGCCAAAAUAUCUAUUUCGUUUGACACGGUAAGCCCCUAGAUGCCUUAUUGUUUAGGGGAGACCAUUCCUCUAAUCGACAAAGGACUAUGGUUCUAUUUUCUUGCUGUCACAUUCCCUCCGGGGCACUGCAAUUCUUUCUGGAUGUAAAUAAAGUUAAUGGAUCACCCUA